UCUAUGCGUGAGGCGACCCGGAGAGAGUCUGCAAUCAUGUUGGUCUAUCAAGAUUUGCUUACCAAUGAUGAGCUUCUCUCAGACUCCUUCCCAUACAAGGAAAUCCAGAAUGGGAUCCUCUGGGAAGUUGAAGGAAAGUGGGUUGUUCAAGGAGCAGUUGAUGUAGACAUUGGUGCAAACCCUUCUGCUGAAGGUGCUGAGGAUGACGAAGACGUUGAUGACCAAGCUGUCAAGGUCGUUGACAUUGUCGACACAUUUAGGCUCCAGGAGCAACCUGCUUUUGACAAGAAGCAGUUUGUUUCAUACAUCAAGAAGUACAUCAAGUUGUUGACGCCGAAGCUGGAGGCAGAAAAGCAAGAGGAGUUUAAGAAGAACAUCGAGGGGGCAACCAAGUUCCUGCUCUCAAAGCUCAGUGACCUCCAAUUUUUCGUGGGGGAGAGCAUGCAUGAUGACAGCACCCUAGUGUUUGCCUACUACAAGGAGGGUGCCACUGAUCCAACUUUCCUGUACUUUGCCCAUGGCUUGAAGGAGGUCAAGUGUUAA